AUGUUUCUUGUACUUAAUGAACUCAAGAAUGUAGGUGAAGACAGACUCGCAAACUUCAACGCUUUGAAAUCAAUUAUAACGGAUAAUGAGAUUAGAAUUAAUGAAAAGAAUCAACCCAGAAGAACUGCUCAGAAUGUUGCAAACUUCAUUUUCGUAACUAAUAACGUUUACCCUGUCAAAAUUGAAGUUGGAGACAGAAGAUACGUAGUUUUAAGAGUUAAUGGUAAAUUCAAGGGUCAAUUUGAUUACUUCAAGAAUUUAAUGGAUUCAUGCACAAAGGAAUUUUAUGAUAACCUUUUAACAUAUUUUAUGCAAUAUGACCUUUCAUCAUUUAAUGUACGAAUCAUUCCGAUGACUGAAGCCAAACAAGAUUUAAUCGAGUUAUCAACAAAUCCUUUAGAUGAAUGGAUAAAUACACAUUAUGAUGAAUUAUGUGCAGGUAUGACGUGUAAAAAUGCUCUAUUCUGCAAACCAUCAGACAUGAAAGACAAAAACUUUCAAAUGAGCAUUAAGGAUAAAUGUGAAAGGAAACAAAGAAAAAUAGAUGGUAAACAAACAUGGUAUUAUGUUUUGAAAGAAGAAAUGAAAGGAUUAUAUAAACAAAUUGAACCAAACGAUAAUGAGGAAUCAUUUACUGACGAUGAAAUACCUGUGAAUGAAGCUUUAUAA